AUGAAUGAGAGGUCAUCUCGAUCACACACGAUUUUCCGGAUUAUUCUGGAGUCGAAAGAUGCCAAUCAGAAAGAUGGACCUGUACAUAUAAGCUACCUUAACUUAAUGGACUUAGCUGGUUCUGAGAGAGUUUCUCUGACGAAAGCUGCUGGUGAGCGUCUUAAAGAGGGGGCUAACAUAAACAAAUCUUUGUCAGUAUUAGGAAAUGUGAUAAGGCAACUAAGCGAGGGGAAGGAGUUUAUCAGUUAUCGCGAUUCGAAAUUGACUAGACUGCUCUCACAGGCUCUUGGCGGUAAUGCCAAAUCAUGA